AUGGGCAAGGGUAGUGCCGUCGAUGACGGUGGAAACGGGAAGAAGUCGGCGAGUAAGAGCAAGAGCAAGGGCAAGGGCAAGGGCUCGGGCUCGGGCAAGGGCCCCGUGAGAUCGGUCUUUGCAGAGGCGGUCUUUGACAUGGUCUCGGAUCCGGCGACGGAUGCAUGGAUCUGCUGGUCAAACGGUGGAACAACGUUCACCGUGUUCUCGGCUUACGAGCUGGAGAAGCACGUCUUCAACAAGUACUUUCGCCACUCGCGGUUCUCCUCCUUCCAGCGCCAGCUGUACACCUACGACUUCAAGAAAGUGAGCACCGUUGUUGAGGAUGGUGAGACUCAGUUUGUCUUCCAGCAUCCCUACUUUCAGCGCGGUCGUCCGGAUUUGCUCUCGCACAUCUCGCGGCGGGUGCCGGCGAGCUCGGCCGGGGGCGGCGGCAAGGCGAGCAAGGCGGGCAAGGCGGGUACCAGCGGCGAGGCCCGUGCCGGGCCAGGCAAGACUGUCGGCGUGGGAGCUGCCGGCAUGGCUGGUGGUGCUGAGCUUGGCGGCGAGGCCGGCGUGCGGGGAGCCGCCGGGCAGUCGAUCGAGCGCCUGGUCAAGUCGUGGGAGGUUGAGCGCGAGCGGUUGUGGGCGGAGAUUUCCGAGCUGCAAGCUAGCAAUGGAAGCUUACGCAAGCAAGUCGAGCUGCUGCAAACUGACAACGCGCAGCUGUGGACCGUGGUGCAGGCGCAGGAAGAGUCGCAGCACUUGCUCAAGCAGGGUCUCAAGGCGCUCUUCUACCAGAUCGCAUCGCAGCAUGGCCGGACCUCGAGCGAGGGUCUCGCGGGUGUCCGCGAUGUCAACGACCCGUUCCUCUUCUCGGUCGACUCACCGCUGGACCUGACUGGGAGCGGCGGCUCGGGCGAGUACGCGUUUACCCAGGCCUCGCGCAAACGCAAGAUGGGCGCGGCGACGUCGCCGGCCAUUUCGGAGCUGACGAGCAUGGACGAGUCGGGCGGGCCGUCGGCUCUCGGCAUUGGCGGGGAAGAAAGGAGCGGAGGCGACAGUACCAGGGCCGCGUCGCCGCCGCAAAACAUCGAAGACAUCCGAUCUGCCCAACGGCAGCGCGACCGCGAGGAGCGGUGUCUCGGAGCUGCCGGGUGGGCGCUGUUUGGCCCGCCGUCGACAUGGACCACUUCCGGCGGCGGCCCGUCGUCGACCGCCCUCAUCUCGGCCAUUCCCACCGGCUCGGCGGCGAGCUUUAAGCGGAACUUUGGCCUUGCAGCCGACUACGUCCUCUCGUCGCUCGACUCGAUGGCGUCGGAGCGAGCCGGCCUUUUCUCGGCCUACCAACAGCGACACGCCGGGUUCGACCAGCCGCUCGGCGUCGACCUGGGUACGGCAACCGGCACCGUCUCGGAGCUGUACAACAAGGCGUCGUCGGCACUGAUGACCAGCCCAGCGCGGAGCCGUGCUCCGUCGUCGGGCUCGAGCCGGCCGAUGGCCAUUGGCCACGAGGUGCUGCCGUCGUCCGAGUCGGACGACGAGCUCGGCACGCUCGACACCGGCGGCGACUACGGCCUUGGCAUCGACCUCUCUACCAUGGAGGGUGUCUCGCCGCUCGGCGUCGAUCUCGACCCGGGCAUGCUGGUCACCCCAACAGGCGCCAUGCCAAUCCCGGGCGCCAGCGCCGCUGGCACCAUACCAGGGCACUCGGUCCUUGCCGCUGGCGAUGACAACGGGAGUGCCGCCAUGCGGCUUUCGCCGAUCGAAGGUCUCUCGCGUUCGUUCUCCGAGUUGGCGACAUGA